UGUGUGUGUGUGUGUGUGUGUGUGUGUGUGUGUGUGUGUGUGAGAGAGAGAGAGAGAGAGAGGCUGCAUAUAGGAUUGGGUACUGGAGGAAUUCUCUCUCGAAAAAAGAAAAAUGAGACCUGCAAUAUCGGGUUUUUACCUUCUGUGCUACCUCCUACCUCUCUUCACCAGGACUCUUGCGCUGGCGCAUCGUGGUCCUCCGUCUCCGCAACGACCCUUCCUAGAGCCAUUGGCUGACACCGUGCCAGACGAACAGAGUUCGACUUUGUUCGCACACCAAUCAUCCUUCGAUGGUGAUGAUGAUGAUACAUCAAGAUCGCUUGGUAGCGCGCUGGUGGACUUGGUGGGCGCCUUGGAUGUGAUGCAAGAUGAAUACUUUGUGCUGUGGCAGGGGAGCUGGCCGACCAGCAUUGACUGGACGGCUGCCGUGCUGGGGACUCAUGUCUCUGCCACGCUCGCCUCGUUGACGGCUCUGUCGGGCCAGCUGGGCGGGGAGCAGACUCUCGGGAAGCUCGGUCUGGUGGCGUGGAUGGACCAACACAACCUGGUGUUUGAAAACUUGGUCAACCACUUCUUCGACCAGACCACGGCCUUUUAUUUUGGCGAAAACGCCUUCAGCCUUCGGAACCAGGCCUUUGAUGAUAUGCUCUGGGUGGUGCUGGGUUGGCUGGAGAACAUCAAAUUUCAGGAUCUACACUCGGAGCUGCGCUAUUCAAGACAACAAAAUAACGGCACCGUUGGAAGUGAAGGUCGCGGGGGACACUGGCACGGGACUCAGUUCCGCGUGCCUGCCGCCCACCGAGCGCGAGUGUUCUACGAGUUGGCGUCGCAGGGCUGGGACUCGACCCUCUGUGAGGGCGGGAUGAUCUGGAGCCCGUACCUGACUCCGUACAAGAACGCGAUCACCAACGAACUCUUCAUCUCGGCCAGUAUCGGCAUGUACCUCUACUUCCCCGGGGAUCACAUUGACUCUCCAUUCAUGGCGUCGGUCGAGUCGCCGCCGCGGGUUCUGCACGAUCCCGCUCAUCUGGAGGCCGCGGUGGAAGGAUACCGGUGGCUGAAACACUCCAACAUGACCGGUAUCUGGGGUCUGUAUGCGGACGGGUUCCACAUCAGCGGGUGGCGCAGUGACUCGCAGCCUGGGUCGCGCAAAUGCGAUGUUCUAAACCGCAUGGUCUACACGUACAACCAGGGUGUUCUUCUCAGCGGGCUGAGGGGACUGUGGCUGGCCACGGGGGAUGAGGACUAUCUGCACGAUGGCCACGCCCUGGUGGCUAGCGUCAUCGGGGCGUCAGGGUGGCCGGAGACGUCCAGCACGGCAUGGGCGGGCCUCGGCCGGGGCGGGAUCCUGGAGGAGGUCUGCGAUUCCCACGGCGCGUGUUCCCAGAACGGCCAGACAUUCAAGGGUAUCUUCUUCCACCAUCUGACGGAAUUCUGUCGACCGAUACGCCUCCACGAAGAACGGUCGGUGAUCAUGUCGGCGACGACUGGCAAGAACGGUCACCACGACGAUGACGACUGGCAAGAGACCUUUGCAUGGCACCAGACCCAAUGUCGGACGUACGGGGCUUGGAUCGAACACAAUGCACGCGCGGCCUUGAUGACAAGAGAUGAGGGCGGGCGGUUUGGAACCUGGUGGGGCCGCAAAUACCGCGUCUUCGACCCUUCGUCGGCCGCAAUGGUGGACAGCAGCGUCCUUCCUGACGGGGCGAUCGACUACCAGAACUAUGGGAAGCGGUCUGCAGAGCGUAGCGGCAGUGAUGGUGGUGGUGGUGGUGGUGGUGGUCCCCUUGCGGAUACACUCCGGAAUCGAGCAUCCGGGCAAGUUGAAAGCGAUAAUGAAUGGGAAUGGGAGCGGCGGAUCCGACGAUCGAAGCUAGAGGUUGCGCCGCCCCGGCAUCCUGCAGGUAACAGCAUGGAAGGGGUCCGGCCGAAAGACUACAAUGAUCGUGGACGCGGGCGCACAGUCGAGACGCAGUCCGGGGGGGUAGCGGUGAUGAGGGCAUUGCUGGAGUGGAAGCACUACGAACAGAUGUAGUACUCCGUACGUAUGGUAUAUAUAUAUCUAUAUUUUUUUUAUUGUUA